GUAGGGUCAAACAUCAAGUCCAUAUCUUUCCGAGACACAACUGACCUUGCUUCAGCAACAUUUGGUGGCAAGAACCCCAAUGACCUUGGUGAAAGGGAAAUUGUUCAUAUUAACAGGCCUUCUGAGCACCUAAUAUCCAUAAGUGGGACGUAUGGCCCUUUCGCCGGUUUAUUAACGAUCACAUCACUGUCAUUUAUUACAAAUCGGGCUACAUACGGACCUUUUGGAACCACUUCUGGCACUUCUUUCUCGAUCCCUAUGAACAAUAGUACGGUAGUUGGAUUCCAUGGAAGGGCUGGCCACUACCUGGACGCCAUUGGAAUCUUUGUGAAACCAGAAACGAAAAUCUCACAAGGCUCAUGAUUUUGUGCUUAAAUGCUCUAUGCAUUUUCUGCCAUAAUGUGUGGAUGUGGGAGUGUUUAGUUGUCCCGUAGUGUCGUUUACAAGAGUUUUUAUAGCUCUUGCUUUGUUCGCUUUCAUGAUGGUUGUAUUAUGUAUCCAUGUCGCGUCUUAGUGGAAUAACUGUACUGUGUCGUUUACAAGAGUUUUUAUAGCUCUUGCUUUGUUCGAUUUCAUGAUGGUUGUAUUAUAUAUCCAUGUCGCGUCCUAGUGGAAUAACUGUACUACUUAGUGGAAUAAAAAAACUCCCAUAUG